AUGCGUCCCUCCCUCCUCAUCCUCUCACUGACCUCCUCCCUCAUCUCCCUCCUCCCCACCCAAGUGCUUGCCGAAUCCCGAUCUCUCCCACCUCUGUACAUCGGCACAAUCGACACCUGCUCCCCGAGCCGCAACUUCCUCAACUACGCCGCCUGGGUCGCAUCCUCACAACCCUGCAAAGCCCAUGGCCCCAACGCCGGUGACAGCAGCGCCCUGAGUCUCAUCGGCGCCUACCCGGUCACCAACGCCGGGUGUGGUCGCGGCCCCGUCACAGUGGGUGGGUACGACAAUGUCACGUUCACGGGUUGUUUGGGCCCGCCGGGGCCAUAUCCGACUGCGGUGGCGAGGGAUGGAGUCGAGGUAUUGACGUGUGCGCCGGUGAAGAGGGAGAAGAAGGUCAGACAGUGUGAGAGUGAGCUUUGUGAGCGCUUUGGGAGGAAGGGGGACUUGACGACUGUGCUUAGGUGUCGGAAGAGGAGGGUGCAAGGGGAGGAUGAGGAAGAGGAGGAGGAGGAUUAUGAGUGA